GGUAAUUCUAAGACUUGUUCUUUACCCAUGGAAUGUAAUAUUUUUGCAAAGAUGGACCACUUCACAAAUGGUUAUAAAGUCAUACCCACUUCUUCCACAAUGACCACAACAAAUGACCAAGCAUGAACUAAAGUGCCCGAACUGAUUGUGGUGGGACAUCUUUCACUGAGAAAUAACUAAAAUGGAACAUAAUGGGUCUGCUUCCAAUGCUGAUAAAAUCCACCAGAAUCGCCUGUCGAGUGUUACAGAAGAUGAAGACCAAGACGCUGCUCUUACCAUCGUGACUGUGCUGGACAAAGUAGCCACUAUCGUGGACAGUGUGCAGGCAAGCCAGAAGAGACUAGAGGAGAGACACAGGGAAAUGGAAAACGCCAUAAAGUCCGUCCAGAUUGACCUGUUGAAGCUUUCACAGUCACACAACAAUACAGGCUAUGUCAUUAACAAGUUGUUCGAGAAAACUCGAAAAGUCAGUGCUCACAUUAAAGACGUGAAGGCCCGGGUGGAGAGGCAACAGAUUCACGUGAAAAAAGUUGAAUCCAAGCAAGAGGAAAUAAUGAAGAAGAACAAAUUCCGGGUGGUAAUAUUCCAGGAGGACAUUCGGUGUCCGACAUCCCUGUCUAUUGUUAAAGACAGAAGCCUAGCUGAGAAUCAAGAGACCGAUGACGAUGUCUUUGACCCUCCCAUAGAUCUGUCUUCAGAUGAAGAAUAUUAUGUUGAAGAAAGCAGAUCUGCCAGGCUUAGAAAGUCAGGCAAGGAGCGCAUUGAUAAUAUCAAAAAGGCAUUUUCCAAAGAAAACAUGCAGAAGACACGGCAGAAUUUUGACAAGAAAGUGAACAGAAUUAGAACUAGAAUAGUGACCCCGGAGAGGAGAGAAAGGCUAAGGCAGUCGGGAGAAAGGUUAAGGCAGUCAGGAGAGAGGCUGAAACAGUCAGGGGAGAGGUUUAAGAAAUCCAUUUCUAAUGCAGCUCCCUCGAAGGAAGCUUUUAAGAUGCGUAGCCUUCGGAAAGCUAAAGACCGAACUGUGGGCGAUGUGACCGAAGAUGCGGAGGAGGUCAGGGAGAUGGGUGUGGACAUCAUUGCCAGGAGCGAGUCUCUGGGCCCCAUCAGCGAGCUCUACACUGAUGAGCUCAGUGAAACAGACCGCGAGGAGGCCAGGGCGGCGUAUCCUACCAGAGAAGGAGGGGAGAUCUCAACCCCUGAGCCUUUGAAAGUUACUUUUAAACCCCAGGUGAAAGUGGAGGAUGAUGAAUCUCUUUUGCUAGAUUUAAAGCAGUAAUCAUAAA